AAGUCUCAUUGUUUGUGAUAUUUAAAAAAAAAUAAUUAAAAAUACUAAAUUUCAUCAAAAUUUUAUUAUUUGGCCGAAAAUAAUUUUCAAUUCAAAAUAAAAUCUUAAAAAUGUGGAGCAUGAUGUGCGAUGUGAUGCCAACCAUCAGCGAAGAUGGCAUCACACAACGUACCGGUCAAUUCGGUGCAACAUCGGCAGUCGGUGAUGAGGCUAAUUUUGAACAAUUAAUGGUCAAUAUGUUGGAUGAACGAGAUAAACUAAUGGAAUCAUUACGUGAAACACAAGACGAAUUAAAUGAAAUCAAAGCAAAAUUGAUCGAAGUGGAAAAGGAACGAGAUUCAUUACAAAGACAACUUUCAUCGCAUAUGCCUCAGGAGUUCACCAGUUUGACACGAGAAUUGAAUCAAGCACGAGAACAAUUACUUGAAAAAAAUGAAGAAAUUCAAGAACUUAAAGCUGAACGAAAUAACACAAGGCUUCUACUUGAACAUCUUGAAUGUCUCGUAUCUCGACAUGAACGAUCUUUACGUAUGACUGUAGUCAAAAGACAAACACAAUCACCAGCCGGUGUUUCAUCCGAAGUUGAAGUACUAAAAGCAUUAAAAUCACUAUUUGAACAUCAUAAAGCGUUGGAUGAAAAAGUUCGUGAACGAUUACGUGUAACAUUGGAAAAAGUAUCUACAUUAGAAGAUGAACUAAGUCAAGCAAAUGAAGAACUAAAUAAGUCAAGGCAGAUGCAAUUACAACAACAACAACAAAUUGAAAAUCUAAUGCUCGAAUCAAAGAUUCGCUAUAAAGAAUCGGCAGCCAAUAAUGAUCAACAAUCUGACAAAAAAUCAUCAACAACAAAUAAUCAGACAUUGAAUAACGAAAAUAAAUCUAAUGAUAGUGAUGCAUCGACAACACGAUUAAGAGAACUUCAAUCUUUGAUUGAUAAACAAAAUAAUGAUAUGAUUGCCUUGCGUAAUCGUUCAGUAGAAUUAACAGCCAAACUAAAGGAUUAUGAAGAUCGUAUAGUCAAACAAGAUAAAGAAAUGGCACAACUAAAAGAGGAUAAUAUUAGAAUGUCAAGAGAUAUGAAAGAAAAUCUAGCGCAAAAAGAAGAUCAAGAAGAAAGAAUUGCUACACUUGAACAGCGAUAUCUUCAUGCACAACGUGAAUCAACAUCAUUACAUGAUAAUAAUGAAAAACUACAGCGAGAAUUGAUCAAUAAAGAAGCACAACUAAGAAUAUUAGAAGAUAAGCUAAAUUCCUUGAAAGAUGAAAUCCGUAUGCUAACCGAAAAGAAAAAAUUCAAGCGAAAAAAUAAACGUAGUUUUCGAUUGGAAGGAGAAAACGGACAAAUUAUCAAUAAUCAAGAUGGUGAUGCACUUAAUGAUGAAAAAGAUCAGGACGAUACAGAUGCUUCUGAUUCCGAUGAAUUGAGCGAAGAGCGUAAACGAUCAUAUGAUGAAAGAAUUCUGCGUCUCGAACAACAAUUAGAAGAAAAAGGUGCCGAAUUAAAUCGUGCUCGACAACGAGAAAAAAUGAAUGAGGAUCAUAAUCAACGUCUAUCAGCUACUGUUGAUAAAUUAUUGGCCGAAUCUAAUGAACGUUUACAGUUACAUCUUAAAGAACGAAUGUCUGCGCUUGAAGAUAAAAAUACGAUGACACAAGAAUUGGAACGUAUCCGUAAUCUUUUGGAUGAAACACAAAUGGAAAAGGGUAAAAUCCUGCAGGAAUUGAGUAAAAUGCGGAUCGAAAUGGAGAAUAUAGCUUCUCAACAACAAUCACAACGAGGAAUGUCUCCAUCAUCGGUCAUGGCCAGAUUCCACCAUUCAUCAUCGUUUUUAAAUCAUCAUCAAACAACGAAUGUGACGGCAGCUGCAACUUCAUCAGCAUUAUCAUCUCCAUUAUCAUCCGAUGCAGCUAGUUUAUCUACAGCCAAACAUGUUGGUGGCGGAUCAUCACAUACUGGUGGCGGAUCCACCCCAUCAUCAGUGGUUCAAGCUGCAUCCUCAACAGCAACAAAACAAGAAACUGCUGGUGAAACACAGGCUGUAGCUAAAAUUGAUCAAGACCAUCGAAUAUCGCCUAUAGCAGCCGAUAGUCAUACUGUUGAUGCUGAUAGCCGCAGCCAAAUAAAUAACGAAUCCAAUCCAUUCGAAGAUAUUGAUCAACAAUUAGAUCAGAUAAUAUCAUCAUCGGCUGCUGCCAUAUCACAACCACAUCUUCAUCAAAGUCAUCAUCAUAUGCCAACAUCUCAUCAUUCUCAUACUGAUCCACAAACAUUGGCCAUCAUGUUACAAGAACAACUCGAUGCUAUAAACAAUGAAAUACGAUUGAUACAAGAAGAAAAACAAUCUACUGAACAAAGAACAGAGGAAUUAGAAUCACAAGUUGGCUCAAUUGAUUCGCAUAUGAACAACUAUUUUACCGGCUUAGGUUCUAGCCAUUUCGGUACUGGUCUUUCUCCACCACAUUCCGGCACUUCCACGCCUAAAUCACCAUCAACGUCAAUGGCCAUUAUGAAUGCAGCAUCGAUGAGCCAUUUUUAUCCAACUAUUACUCCUGGUCAUCGUCAGCCGUCAUACGCCGGUAUGACGUCCGAACGUGAUGCAUUUUCACAUUAUGCAUCUCCACAUCACCUGGCUGGUUAUACGAAUCCCAAUUGGAAUUCAUCAAAUUCAUCGUUACCAACUGAUGUUUAUCAAAGAGCAUACAAAACAAAUCAAGGAAACCAGAUGAAUCCUUAUGUACUGGAUACGAUAGAUCAAUCGCCACGUCAUUCAUCCCCGAAAUCUUCUCAGCCUUCGAAUAUGAAUUUUGUUGGAUCCGCAGCUAUGGAAUCAAUGAACAAUAAUGCAGCUACGAUGGGUAAUUCUCAAAAAUCUCCGUAUAAUCAACGUGUGAUUAAUGUAUCCAACAUGAGCGAUUAUGCUACGAUUGGUUCACCAGUUGGUGGUAAUUAUCAGUCAGUCAAUACAUUAAUAUCACCAACCGGAUCGACCGUUUCAUCUAUGCCAUAUUCUCCAUAUGGUUAUAUUAAUCCAACUUCAUUUGGAUCGAAUACAUUGAAUUCGAUUUCAUCCACCGGUUCUACAACAACACCAACUACUAAGAAAAAAUUAAAAUCUUCAUUAGUUGGUCGAUUAUUUUCUAGUUCUUCAUUAUCAAAAAAGUCUUCCUCUACAGAUAAAUUAAAAUUACAGAAUACGAUGACCUCUCAAAAUCAACUUCAUCAGACAAUGCUCACAAAUCCGUCGAAUAGUUUCUAUGGUAUAGGUGUUGCCAAUAGUCCAAGUUUUGCCAGUGAUUAUAGUGAUUAUAUGAGCCAUGGUGAAUUAUAUGCUAGUGUCACUAGUUCAGCCAGUUCAAUCUUGGCAUCACCGGUAGCUACACGUGCUGAUUAUGAUCGUCGUACAAAGAAAAAACAUGAAUUAUUAGCCGAAUCUAUGAAAGCCUGUACGCCAUUCGCCCUUUGGAAUGGGCCUACCAUUGUCGCCUGGUUAGAGUUAUGGGUCGGUAUGCCUGCAUGGUAUGUUGCUGCUUGUCGUGCCAAUGUUAAAAGUGGAGCUAUAAUGUCAGCCUUAUCUGAUACGGAAAUUCAGCGUGAAAUCGGUAUUAGUAAUCCAUUACAUCGACUUAAAUUAAGAUUAGCCAUCCAAGAGAUGGUUACUCUUACAUCACCAUCAGCUGCAGCUAAACCAACUGUCACUACAGGUUUAGCAUAUGGUGAAAUGAAUCAUGAAUGGAUUGGAAAUGAAUGGCUGCCAUCACUGGGUCUUUCACAAUAUCGUUCGACGUUCAUGGAAUGUUUGGUCGAUGCACGGAUGCUAGGUCAUUUGAGUAAAAAAGAUAUCCGUACACAUUUGAAAAUGGUUGAUGCGUUUCAUCGUACUUCCUUACAAUAUGGUAUUGCCUGUUUAAAGAAAUUGAAUUAUGAUCGAAAACAAUUGGAAGAUCGACGAAGGAAUAGUGAACAUGAUAUCAUUGAUGUUCUUGUAUGGAGUAAUGAACGUCUCAUACGGUGGGCAAGUGAUGUUGGCUUAAAAGAAUAUGCCAAUAAUCUAACAGAAACUGGUGUACAUGGUGCAUUGAUUGCAUUGGAUGAUACGUUCGAUGUGAACCAUAUGGCUAUGGCACUUCAGAUACCACCACAAAACGUUCAAACUCGACAAAUACUAGAGAAUGCAUUUAACGAGCUUUUAAUCAAUGGUACUGAGCGUAGGCCAAACAAUAAGAUCUGUACUGGUGGUGGUUCAUCAUCAUCAACAUCGGCCGGUAGAGCGUCAGCAAUUGUUGCGAUCGAGCCCGAUCGUUUAGUAUAAGCUCAAUCAAUUUUGAUUGUCUUAUUUUUUUCCUACUUAAAACUCAUUGGCUUAAAAACUAACCAAUUAUUUGGCUUUUGAAAACAUCCUGCUUAGUUGUAUGACGAACAAAACGACCAUUGAAAUAACUAGGCAAAGAAAGCUCUUCGUAAACGUAAUUGUAACAAAGAAA